ACUUUUCUUCCCACUCUCGCUCACCACAGACACCAAGAAAAGCCUCACCACAAGCCUCUCAUCGACAAUGGCGGCUGCCACUUCGAACUCCGCUUUGCCUAAGCUUUCUACGUUAACUUCGUCCUUCAAAUCUUCCAUACCCAUUUCCAAAUCCAGCCUUCCCUUCUCCACAACCCCUCAAAAGCCCACCCCUUACCGCUCCUUCGACGUUUCCUGCUCUCUUUCUCAUGCAAGCUCCAACCCCAGAUCCGCUGCCGCAUCCGUUACCCAAAAAACUGCUCCUCCCCAUUAUUUCAUUUCCAGGUAUGCGGAUGAUGAGCCCCGGAAAGGCGCUGAUAUCCUGGUGGAAGCCCUGGAACGUGAAGGGGUCAAGGAUGUGUUUGCCUACCCAGGUGGAGCUUCAAUGGAGAUCCACCAGGCUUUAACCCGCUCAAAAAUCAUCCGAAAUGUCCUUCCGCGACACGAGCAAGGUGGGGUCUUUGCCGCCGAGGGUUACGCGCGCUCCUCUGGCAUUCCCGGCGUUUGCAUUGCGACGUCUGGCCCUGGGGCAACCAACUUGGUGAGUGGUCUCGCUGAUGCGAUGCUCGAUAGUAUCCCUCUCGUGGCGAUCACUGGUCAAGUCCCUCGUCGGAUGAUCGGUACCGAUGCUUUCCAGGAAACUCCAAUUGUUGAGGUAACAAGGUCUAUUACGAAGCAUAAUUAUCUUGUUCUUGAUGUGGAUGAUAUUCCUAGGAUUGUUAGUGAGGCUUUCUUUUUAGCUUCAUCGGGCAGGCCGGGACCUGUUCUGAUUGAUGUUCCUAAGGAUAUACAACAGCAACUUGCUGUUCCUAAAUGGAACCAUUCUCUUAGAUUGCCAGGGUAUUUGUCUAGGUUGCCUAAGGCUCCCGCUGAGGCUCAUCUCGAACAGAUCGUGAGAUUGGUUUCUGAGUCUAAGAAGCCUGUUUUAUAUGUUGGUGGUGGGUGUUUGAACUCUAGUGAGGAGUUGAAGAGGUUUGUUGAGCUUACAGGGAUACCUGUUGCAAGUACUUUGAUGGGUCUUGGAGCCUUUCCGAUUUCGGAUGAGUUGUCGUUACAAAUGCUUGGGAUGCACGGAACUGUGUAUGCCAAUUAUGCUGUUGAUAAGAGUGAUUUGUUGCUUGCUUUUGGAGUGAGAUUUGAUGAUAGGGUGACAGGAAAACUUGAGGCUUUUGCCAGCCGGGCAAAGAUUGUGCAUAUCGAUAUCGACUCUGCUGAGAUUGGGAAGAACAAGCAGCCUCAUGUGUCAGUGUGUUCCGAUGUGAAAUUGGCAUUGCAGGGGAUAAAUAAGAUAUUGGAGACCACGGGAGCUAAGCUGAAUCUUGAUUAUUCGGAAUGGAGGCAGGAGUUAAACGAGCAGAAGCUGAAAUUCCCUUUGAGUUACAAGACCUUUGGUGAAGCUAUUCCACCUCAAUAUGCAAUUCAGGUUCUUGAUGAAUUAACUGGCGGGAAUGCAAUUAUAAGUACCGGUGUUGGCCAGCAUCAAAUGUGGGCUGCUCAAUUUUACAAGUAUAAGAAGCCUCGUCAAUGGUUAACGUCUGGGGGAUUGGGUGCUAUGGGAUUUGGAUUGCCUGCUGCUAUUGGAGCUGCUGUUGCAAACCCGGAGGCAGUUGUUGUAGACAUCGACGGUGAUGGAAGUUUUAUCAUGAACGUGCAAGAGUUGGCGACUAUCCGUGUGGAAAAUCUUCCGGUUAAGAUAUUAUUGUUGAAUAAUCAGCAUUUGGGUAUGGUUGUUCAAUGGGAGGACCGGUUUUACAAGGCAAACAGGGCUCAUACAUACUUGGGAGACCCAUCCAACGAGUCGGAAAUAUUCCCAAAUAUGUUGAAAUUUGCUGAAGCAUGCGGGAUACCAGCUGCCCGGGUGACGAAGAAAGAAGAUCUCAAAGCAGCAAUUCAGAAAAUGUUGGACACUCCUGGACCUUACUUGUUGGAUGUGAUUGUCCCACAUCAAGAACAUGUCCUGCCUAUGAUCCCCAGUGGAGGCGCUUUCAAAGAUGUGAUCACAGAGGGUGAUGGAAGAACACAAUAUUGACCUCAAUGAGCAUCAAAUGGUUUUUUUUUUGGGGUAAUGUAUGUAAUGAAUGAGGGUGGGUUAUGGGGGCUUAGUUUCUGAGUUCUGGAACAUAGUUUUUCUAUGCUUUUAAAAGCAACCAAUUAGGUUUUCAGUUUGGUCUUAUGCAAGUCUUGUAUGUCUUUAGUAAUGUUAUGUAAUGGGCGAAUCUAAACUUGUUUUUGUUCAAAUGAUGAAUGCUGUUUUUGUUCAAA